UAAUUUUAUUUCAUUUUUAUCCGUCUUCCCUUCGAUCUAGCGAAAGGAACCAACCCUUGUUUCUCUCUCUUCACUCUCUCGCACCACUCCCACUCUUCGCAGAUCCGAUCGAUCUUCCGGUCGCCGGAUCAGAGUUCUGCGGUAAUUUCUCUCAAUUUUCUGGCCGCCUCCGCCAUGGAGGAGGCGCUGGAAUCAGUGCGGACCAAGGACACAAAGGAGCGGAUGGCUGGGGUCGAGCGACUCUACCAACUACUCGAAGCUUCUAGAAAGGCGUUGUCGCCGUCGGAGGUGACGUCGCUUGUCGAUGUUUGCUUGGAUCUCUUGAAGGACAACAACUUCCGUGUGUCUCAGGGCGCGUUGCAGGCUCUAGCUUCUGCCGCCGUUCUCUCCGGCGAACACUUCAAGUUGCAUUUCAACGCUCUGCUCCCCGCGGUGGUUGAGAGAUUGGGUGAUGGCAAGCAACCGGUUAGGGAUGCUGCUAGGAGGCUGUUACUUACGCUGAUGGAGGUAUCUUCACCAACAAUAAUUGUUGAAAGAACUGGAUCGUAUGCUUGGACACAUAAAAGCUGGAGAGUCCGGGAAGAAUUCGCUCGUACUGUCACAUCAGCUAUUAGCUUGUUUGCAUCUACAGAACUACCUCUUCAACGGGCCAUUCUUCCGCCUAUUUUGGAUAUGUUGAAUGACUCGAAUCCAGGUGUGAGGGAAGCGGCUACUUCCUGCAUUGAAGAAAUGUACACUCAGGCGGGCCCUCAGUUUCUUGAAGAGCUGCACCGGCAUCAUUUACCUACAUUAUUGUUAAAAGAUAUCAAUUCCAGAUUAGAAAGAAUUCAGCCAAAGGUUCACUCUUCAGAUGCUAUUGUGAGCAAUUACUCAGCCAGUGAGAGCAAGCCUACAGUCAUUAAUCCGAAGAAAAGCAGCCCCAAGGCCAAAAGCUCCGGACGUGAGGUUUCUUUUUUUGGAGCGGAUAAUGACAUCACCGAAAGACCUGUUGAACCAAUUAAAGUGUAUUCAGAGAAAGAACUUGUUAGAGAGUUUGAGAAGAUUGCAUCCAUCCUUGUACCAGAUAAAGAUUGGUCCGUUCGUAUUGCUGCCAUGCAGAGAGUUGAAGGUCUUGUUAUUGGAGGUGCAGCAGAUUACCCUUGUUUCCGAGGACUUCUCAAGCAGCUGGUUGGGCCUUUGAGCACCCAACUAUCUGAUCGUCGAUCUAGCAUUGUGAAGCAGGCAUGUCAUUUGUUAUGCUUCUUAUCAAAAGAUCUCUUGGGGGACUUUGAGGCUUGUGCUGAGUUGUUUAUUCCGGCCCUUUUCAAGCUUGUUGUCAUAACAGUCCUUGUAAUUGCAGAAUCUGCGGAUAACUGCAUAAAGACAAUGUUACGAAAUUGUAAAGUAUCUCGUGUACUUCCUCGGAUCGUAGACUGUGCAAAGAAUGAUCGUAAUGCAGUACUACGUGCAAGGUGUUGUGAGUAUGCACUUUUAGUCCUCGAACACUGGCCCGAUGCCCCUGAAAUACAACGCUCUGCUGACCUCUAUGAAGACCUUAUUAGGUGUUGUGUGGCAGAUGCAAUGAGUGAAGUGAGAUCUACUGCAAGGACUUGUUAUAGAAUGUUCGCAAAAACAUGGCCUGAUCGCUCUCGACGCCUUUUCUUAUCAUUUGAUGCUGUUGUUCAAAGGGUAAUAAAUGACGAAGAUGGGGGAAUGCAUAGAAGGCAUGCAUCUCCUUCCAUUCGUGAAAGAAGUUCAAACAUGCCAUUCACCGCUCAUACAUCAGCACCGUCAAAUAUACCUGGUUAUGGGACUUCUGCUAUAGUUGCUAUGGACAAAACUGCUAGUUUGCCUUCAACCACAUCUCUUACUUCUGGAGUAUUACUUUCCCAAGCGAAGCCUGCAGUUAAGGGCACAGAACGUAGUUUGGAAAGUGUGUUGCACUCGAGCAAGCAGAAGGUUUCUGCUAUAGAAAGUAUGCUGAGAGGUUUGGACAUGUCUGAGAAGAGCCGAUCAUCCAGUUUGGACCUAGGAGUUGACCCACCAUCAUCUCGUGAUCCGCCAUUUCCACUUGCUGUUCCAGCUUCAAACAAUCUUAGGAGUUCUUUAGUAGAAUCAAUGUCUGGUACUAAAGGCAGCAAUCACAAUGAAGGCUUGGCUCUGUCUGAUAUCAUCUCUCAAAUUCAGGCUUCUAAAGAGUCAAAUAAAGCCGCCUAUCAUAAUAGCAUGGGAAGUGAACUUCUGACAGCACAUUCUUCUAUCUCAGCCAAGAGGGCUGCUGAGAAGGUUCAGGAUAGAGUAUUUGUUGAAGACAGUGCUGAUUUGAAGGGCUCGAGGCGAUAUAUGAAUUCUCACUUUGAGAGGCAAUAUUUAGAUGCACAGUAUAGAGAUCCUAGUUAUAGAGAGUCUCAGAACAAUCACGUACCAAAUUUUCAGCGUCCUCUUCUACGGAAGAAUGCAACUGGACGGAUGUCAGCUGGCAGGAGAAGGAGCUUUGAUGACAGUCAGUUCUCGCUAGGAGAUUUGUCAAGCUAUUCUGAUAGCCCAGCUUCUCUCGCUGAUGCUCUGAGUGAGGGGCUCAGUGCUAGCUCAGAUUGGAAUGCCCGGGUUGCAGCUUUUAAUUAUAUUCAUUCUCUACUACAGCAAGGUCCCAGAGGUAUUCAAGAAAUAAUGCAGAGUUUUGAGAAGGUCAUGAAACUGUUUUUCCAGCAUUUGGAUGACCCUCAUCAUAAAGUGGCGCAAGCAGCCCUUUCAACACUUUCAGAUCUUAUUCCCGCUUGCAAGAAGCCAUUCGAAAGUUACAUGGAGAGGAUUUUACCCCAUGUUUUCUCUCGGCUUAUAGACCCAAAGGAAUCAGUGAGGCAACCUUGUUCAACUACAUUAGAUGCAGUUGGCAAAACGUAUGGCACCGAUUCUCUUCUACCAGCUAUGCUGCGAUCCUUGGAUGAGCAACGUUCUCCCAAGGCAAAAUUGGCUGUCAUUGAGUUUGCUAUAGGUUCCUUUAACAAGCAUACAUCAAAUUCUGAAGGGUCUGCUAAUGGUGGUAUCCUUAAGCUGUGGCUUGCAAAACUGACACCACUGGUACAUGAUAAAAAUACGAAGCUGAAAGAAGCAGCCAUAACAUGCAUCAUAUCUGUUUAUACCCAUUUUGAUGCUUCAGGAGUAUUGAAUUUCAUUCUUAGCCUAUCCAUUGAAGAACAAAACACAUUGAGACGAGCACUGAAACAGUAUACUCCACGCAUAGAAGUGGACUUGGUGAACUUUUUGCAAAGCAAGAAAGAGAGGCGAGGAAAGUCCUCGUAUGAUCCAUUUGACGUGGUUGGAGCAUCCUCGGAAGAGGGGUAUAUCGGAGCAUCAAAGAAGAGCCAAUUGUUUGGAAGAUAUACUUCAGGAUCUGUUGACAGUGAUAGUGGUAGGAAGUGGAGCCCUCAAGAUGUGCCACUUACUGUGGGCGGCUCUAUUGGUGAUAAAAAAACUGAUGAUAUUCAGGAGAAUUUGCAUCAUCAUAUGACAGAGACGAACAGUCCUCCAAAUUACAGAAGCUUGAAAUAUACACUUAAUAAUUCCAGCGAUAAUCUUGGAUCUUGGCAAAUCGAUAGCAGUGCAAAUGUUGAAGUUUCUUCAACAAAAGUGGACGUUGUUAGGGUAAAUGGAUCGGAUAAUUCGCAAAAGUCUGCAAACUCGGGGGUUGGCAUCGAGUAUUCUAGUCUCUCUACUCUGAAUUUGAAUUCUGCCACAGACAAUGGACCCAGCAUUCCGCAAAUUCUUCAUUUGAUCUGCAGAGGCAUUGAAGAGAGUCCUGAAAACAAGCGUGUUGCACUUCAGCAGUUGGUUGAAAUUUCUACAUCCAACAAUCACUCGGUUUGGAGCAAGUACUUCAAUCAGAUUUUGACCGCAGUACUCGAAGUGCUGGAUGAUUCUGAUUCAUCAACUCGAGAGAUGGCGCUCACACUGAUUGCGGAAAUGUUGAAGAAUCAGAAGGAUUCCAUGGAGGAUUCUGUUGAGAUUGUAAUCGAAAAACUUCUUCAUGCUACAAAGGACAGUAUUCCAAAAGUGUCCAGUGAGGCCGAGCAUUGCUUAACUAUAAUAUUGUCUCAAUACGAUCAAUUUAGAUGCCUUAGUGUUGUUGUUCCAUUGCUUGUUAAUGAAGACGAGAGAACGCUCGUCACAUGCAUAAACUGUUUGACAAAGCUUGUGGGGCGGGUGUCCCAGGAGGAACUAAUGGCGCAACUUCCCUCGUUUUUGCCUGCGCUCUUCGAUGCAUUUGGAAAUCAGAGUGCGGACGUUCGUAAGACGGUUGUAUUUUGCCUAGUGGACAUCUAUAUAAUGCUUGGGAAAGCAUUUCUGCCAUACUUGGAGGGGCUUAACAGCACACAGCUAAGGCUGGUCACAAUCUACGCUAACAGGAUCUCUCAGGCCAGGACUGGUGCUCCAAUGGACGCCUCCCAAUGACAAGAAGAAAAGAUUAUGUGUGUUUUCAGGUGUGGGUUUUGUUUGUGCCAUGCAUUUAUUAUUAUUAUUGGUAAAUCUUGAUUAUUCAUUAUUCUUGUGGUGUGCAAUGUUUGUAGAUUUGUAUGAAAUUAAUGGUCUCUCCCUCCCCCACUUAGGGAAAGGUUUGGUUUGGUGGUGUUGAUUCCUGUAAUUCUUUUUAUGUUUUCUAUUGUUGUAUUUGAUGAAGAAAGAAGCAAAGAGGUAAGUGUGUGUGUGUGUGAGUGAAGGAAACCUUGUGAUGUAAUGUAACUAAUGCUGAAAGAGUUUUUAUUCUUAAGUGUUUGUUUGGGUUUUAUGGUUCAA